GCGAAAACGGUCCAAGCAAGAAAGAGAAAAACACGCAAGAAGUGAGUUCGGAGUUGCUCGCCUCAGCCGAGGUUCUGCAUUUCGACUGAUAAUCCGCGAGUUCGGUUCGUCAGCCAACUGGUGCGGUCUCCACUGACGGAUUCGCGAUUGGUUUUGCUGAAUAUCGUUCGAGUGAAACUGUGAUUUCUGCGAGUUGUGUGCCACGCCUGGAUUAUCCAGCAAAGAGAUUCUCUGCUAUUCACCAUGUGAAUUUCCUCCGCAGUAUGGGAUUUCAACUGUGGAAAAAGAGGAAGAGCAGAUUUCAAAGUCUUGAGGGCAGAUGAUGCCAACGGAGGCGAUGAGACUGGACGCAGAGGAGGAGGCAGCCCGCGGGGCGGUGGAGCACCUCCUGAAAACCCUGGAAAAGGAGCCGGCCGCCCCGGAGAAGCAGCUCGAAAUCAAACAGGAGCCAGACAAAAUGGAAGGAGAAAUGAAAAAUGGCACUGAGAAAGACGACGGAGCACAAACCGCAUCCGACGGCAAUGAAACGGAUGAAGAGUUGCGCUUCAUAUCGAUGUAUAUAAAACAAGAAGAGGAGAUGGAGCCCAUCGAAGAGAUGCAGACUGAGGUGGUUUCCAGCGUUGUGAUCAACCUGCUGGACCACAUGGAGAACAACGUGAACAACACUGAGACAGUCGAUCUUGAGAGUGAAGCAGUGAACGGCCAUUACAGUUUGCCGAGUGAGCUGCCAAUCAAGGAGGAAAUUGUGACCCAGAGUGAGGAGGAAACCAACGAAAAAGAUCAGCAGCUUGAUAUUGUGAGCCACAUAGUUUUGAACAGAGACAGUGAAAAUGAAGAUGAGGCUGCUGAAGAAGUUGUGCAAAAAGAACCUCAAGUGGAAACAAAAUGUUUGGAGGAGGUUUCAGAGAAAAGUCCUGAGACUCCCAAAGUAAGGGUGGACGAAAAUGUGGAGAGCGAAGUGUCAACCUGCGUGUCCAGUUUGUGUGACGUGCUCGACUCAGUCGACGAAGUCGUCAGCAAAGUUGAGAAGUCGCCAAAAUCAAAGAGCAAACCGGCUGAGAAAGAAACAGAAACUGCCAAACCACCUGAAAACAAUGAGAAAGAAAAGGUUGAUGAAGUCAAGGAGGAUGGAAAGGAGCUGCCAAAGAUAGACCCUGUUGAUACAGAAAAGGUGGAAGACAUUCCAAAGACUCCUUCCGUGAAAGAACCAAAAGUUGUUGCUCCGAGUGAGCCUGCCAAGAAAAAGGAAGCUGUCAAGCUGCCGCAAAUAGUGCCUUGUGUCCCACCAGUAGUCGAAAAGGCUAAGAGGAAGCCGCGAAAGAAAAAGCAGGAGCCAAUCGUGGCGCCUGUCCUGCCUUUUCCUACCUCGUUCUUCCCUCCCCCACCAUUGUUAGCUCCACCACCUGCACUUGCCUUCAACUUUCCUGCACAAAUACCUGUUGACCUCAGCGUGGCAAAGAAAAAGGUGCAAAAAGUGGCGCCCAUUUCCUCCGUGAUGCCUCAACUGCCUCAGCUACCUUCGUCCUCUGCCGCUGACCAAGUGCUUGACCUCAGCGUCAGGCGCAUUCCUCGAUCAGAGAAGAAAGUCAAGCCCAUCAAAAGGCUGUCCAAGAAAGCGCUGCAGAGCGUCUUCCACCCCUACGUCAACCCUGCAGACCUGCUUCAGGUGGGAGUGCCGCCCAUGCUGCUGCCUCCAAUGCCCAUGCCUCACUUGGAGGCAAGGAAAAGCAAAAAGGCGGCGCAGAGUGCACCCCCGCCACAAAGAAUUACACCUUUUGUGUUCCACAUUGAGGACCGCCACCUCGGCAUUGCCCCUAAUGGAACAAAGCUUUACAACUGUGACAUCUGCAGCGGCUCCUACCAGCGGCAGUUCAGCCUCAAGAGGCAUUAUCUUCGAUCCCACAUCAACACUCGGCUGCUCUCUGACCGCGACGCUGCCAACUGCGGAAUCAUCAUUGGCCCCGAUACUCCUCCCAACGUAACUGAUCUCUACCGGUGCCACUUCUGCCCGGCCCUGUUCUUCCGUCACAGGGAGGAGUUGAUGAAUCACCUGACCUUGCACCCUGACGACUCGAUUGCCUCUUCGGGCAGUCCAGUGCUGCCCCUGGGCCCUCCUUCCCAAGUUUUCUCCUGCGAACACUGCUCCACUACCUUUACCAAUAGAAUCAACUUGCUCAAGCACCAAGCCCUUCACCAGGCACAAGAUUUUCCCUGCUUCUACUGCUACAGAGUAUUCUCCUCCCCCACUGCCCGAGAGCGUCAUCAUGUGCAGCACACCAACAAUGACAAUCAGCACCCUUGCAUGUUUCUCUGCGGCAAGACUUUCAGGACCUUACCUGAACUAAGAUCCCAUCUGCAAGUUGCGCACAACAAGGAAUAUUUUGGAUGCUCGAAAUGCACUGAGCGCUUUAUGGACACUGCCCAGCUGGAUGUGCACACUCGCAUGGCCCACCCAGGCCCAGUCCACGAACCGCCCAUAAUAAGCAUCACUCCAAUCAUCGAAGAGCCGUUGCCACCACCUCUUCCACCCAAGCAGCAAACCUCUGAGGAGUCAAUCAAAUAUUCUUGCAGCAUGUGCAACGAAAGCUUCCCAAGCUACGUCAGCAUGUGCAAGCACCGACGAGUGGCUCAUGGCACUGUUGGGAAACACACCAAAACUGCCUCACCUGCAAAGACACCAAAAGAAAAAGAAACACCAUCUGCCACCAAGAAGAGUCCUGUUGUAUUAUAUUUAGAGAGCAAGGAGGAGCAGGAAGUUCAAGGUGAAUUUUCCCUGCCAAAUUUGUCUGUUGGAAAACAGACGGUGGCCUUGACUUCUGAAGUCACAAUAUCAGCGUUGCCCCCCGAGGAAGACCAAGCUGCCAGAGUGGAAGAGCAGCCAGUGCUGAUAAUAGAGAAAGUCAAUGAACCACCUAAGCCAGUUCCAGUCGAGCUUCCGAAACCAGUACCCGCUGCUGUCGCAGAAACUGCCACGGCAGUUGAAAAGAAGAGACCCAACAUCAAAAUUAAAGUGAAGCUCAAUUUGGGCAAAAAGUCGCAAAAGAGCAAGAAGAAAUCGUCACCGAAAGUAAAACCCAAGACUGUCUUGAAGCUGAUCCAAAAAGAGCGUACGAAAGAAACCGAAAAGCCAGCGGAUGAAGCUGUUGAAGAAAAAGAGAAAGCACCUGUUGAGUUGCAAGAAAAGAAAGAAACUGUGAAGCAGGUGCCUGUUAUAAAAGUGGCGUCUCCUGUUGUCCCGGCAGAACCUGAACCAAUUAUUCCUGAACCUGAAGAGCCUGAAGAGACUCCUGUUCGUCUGAACCACCCUAAAAAGUAUCUUAGCAAAAACCGGGCAAAAUCGCCGAAGCAGGAGGACCUUGCUCAUUUGUGUCUGAGCACCCAGUUUGUGAUUCAGAAGAGGCUCUCUGCCAAGAAGAGUAAGAAGGCCAUCGGCGGAAAGAAGAUGUCUCGAAAGUCUUCAUCUAGACCAACACGCAACAACCCGCACACUUCUGAGGACUUGGCAAGUUUCUUGCAUGGGCUGGACCUUGGACUGGCCAAAUAUCAGAUGCCUCCCGAGAGAACCUCCAGGAGGAGUAAAAAGCUGCUGGAGGCUGAAUAUGUGGUCGAGGAGCUUAUUGAGGAAGGUUUCAGUGGUGACUGGAUCAGACCGAAAAGAUACAUUUGCCACAUAUGCAGAGGUCAUUUUUCGGAACUCUGGGACUUAGAUGACCACGUGAAUGAGGUACACACCAACAUUUGGUGCACUUACAUGGAUGUGGACGCUGCCACCACUCUGCCAGACGACUUGUUUCAACGCUCGAUCGAGCCUAACGGCUUAGUCAGUGAGGCCCCAGUCCUUCCACUGACCAAUCCUGCCGAGAGCAACUGCACAAAGUGCGGAAAAAAUAACUCGACUCUGCCUGAUUUGCACAAGCACAUGCUUGAAUGUGGUGGAGACACAACUUGGAUGCUGAACAGUCCAAGGAAAAGAAAGCAGUGGCGGCCGUUUGGUACCAGGAGGAGAGCCCGCAGAGGAAUGAAGAGAAUUCCCUCCAGUCCGAUGAAAAUUAACCGGGCUAAAAAACAAGAUGGUGAUACUAUCCAAAAAAUGAUAGCCAACUUGCCCUCAAAAAGGGGCAGUAGGCGUGUCAUCAACUUCAAUGACGAUGAAAUCAAAACUCGAAGCCAAGCAACUAUUCAUAGUCUCCGACCAGCAGCUGCCAAUCAGAAUUCUUCCAAAGCAAAGCUCAACACAAAGCCGUCACUGCCAAAAGGAAGAACGCAGGCCGUUGCAGAGCGUAGAUCGUCUUCCGACUCCAGCAAAAGUUCCGAAAAAUCAAGCAAAAUUUCUGAUAAAUCCAGCAAACAGACUGCCAAACCACUGCCUGAAGAAGAACAGAAAAAGGCUGAGAAUCCAACUGAAAGUCAAACUCCUAUCAUAGUCAAGCUGAAGAAGAAGAAAGUCUUCAAGAAAGUUGCCGAAACCGCACCUGCAGAAGAAAAGCCUGAGCCAGCUAUCGAACCUGCAGAGACACCUUCUGAGGAGAAACUUGUUGAGUAUGGACCAAAACACAACAAGUACGCAGCAACAGCCUGUCCAUAUUGUGACAAGGGUCUCCUCAAUCACUUCUCACUGAUUCGACAUUUGAAAAUCUGCCCUAAGGAACCAAACAAUGCCUCCCAGAAGCAAACCAGCGCUGAAGUGCCAAAGAAAGCUGCAACAAAAGAGGUGAAGGAGGAAAAUCUGGUCAAUGCUUGUCCUCUGUGCAAUGAGAUAUUCUCUUCAAGCAAAUUGCUUGAACGCCAUGCUUCCAACUGCUGCGAAAGUGCCUCUGAAAUUAGCAACAGAAAAAAGGUGUUCCGCAGGCGAGCAUCUGAAAUGUCAGAAGCGUCGAAGAAAUCUAACGCAGAUAGUGAAGCACAAGGAAGCGACCCUGACAUCAGGAAGUCUAAAAAGGUGGGGAAGCUCUUGAAUCCUCGCAAAGAUGCAACCAAAAAGCUCAUUCAAAAGGCAAAGCUGCCUGUUUCUCUUCAGAGACUGGGUACUUUGAAGAAGAUGGAUGCCAUCAGAGGGGCGGAGAGUGGAUCUGAUUCAGAAAAGCCAAAGAAAAGGAACAGGGAACUGGAAAAUUUAGCUCUCUCAAUGUCAAUAUUCAAAUCAACUGACAGUAAACUGAAGAAAGCUCAACCAAAGGAAAAAAGUAAACCUGUCACGAAAGCUGGGAAAAGAGGAAAGAUUCUAGAAGACGUCAAAGUUGAACCAGAGACCAAUUCUUCUCAAGAAACCAAUAAAGAGGCUGUUGAGACUGUUGGUCAUUUGAUUGACAUGGUGGAGAACCAAUCCGGAGAGAGUGGCAAGAGGAAGAAGUUUGGAAAGAAAUCAAAAAAGAUAUUCAAAUCGUCUGCUUUGGUGGAGACUGACUCUGAAAGUUCUGUCCCAGUUCCCGAAAAGGCGAUCGAAGAGAAAGUCGUAGAGGAUGGCGGCAAAAAGACGAAAAAGUCUACUAAGGAAACAGAAAUUCUUGAGGUCAAGGUGGAAAGGAAGAAAAGUUUGAAAAAGAAAAAGAGUGAGAUUGAACCUGAAGCUCCUCAGUCAGUUCCCAAGGAAGAAGAGUUACCCGAUAAGAAACCUGGAAAGAGUAAAAAGAAGAAAGAGGGCAAGGCCAAAAAGAAUAUCGCCUUUGCAGAUACAGAGGAUGACUUGCCACUUUCGCAAAUAAUCAAAUUAAAGAAAACCGAGGGUGCUGAGACAGCACAAAUUCCUUCUGAGUCAGAGAAGCUGAAGAAGAGUAAGAAAAAAAGUGAGAGCAAGGAGUCUCCUCAGAAGAAAAAAACAAAAGUUGAAGAGGUUGUCGAAGUGGCAAGUUCCUCAAAACGGCCUGUUGAGGAGGAAGAAGAAGUGCCAGAGGAACCGCCAGCAAAGAAGAAACGAGGCCGGAAGAGCGACGAAAACAAAACUGGUCCUAUGAUUACCUUCUGUGCCGCCUGCAAAACAAGUUACUCCACAGCUUUCAACUUCCACAAACACCUGAAGUCAAUGAAGCACUUGAAUAAUGUCAUGGGCGAAGGCAUGGAAGAAUUAGACGUAGAAGACCCUGUCACCAAAGACAACGAGGAGGAUGGAAUUGUCCCUGACGCAGAGCUUGAAAAGGAAGAAGAGGAGGAAGAUUUGGAUGAAAUCGUUUUCCCCUUCAUCAAAGAAGGAACUCCUCCGUUUCCACCUCCUCCACCUCCAAAUUCGCCAUUUUCUCCAAUGGAGGAAGAGAAAAUUCCAGAGAUUGCUGAAGAAGUGACUAAAUCCUUCGAAGAAGUGAAAGAGAGAAAAGAGGCUAAAGUGAAGUCAAAAGAGGUCGUCGCGCAGGAAAAGUCCGACGAUGAGGAAGAAUGGUUCCAGCCUACACCCCUUCAGCCACCUCCAAAGUGGGAUUUCGACGCUGUCCGAGACUCUGUUCCCAACUGGACGGCAAAACCAGCCCCCCUGCCAAUGGCCCCUUCCACUGAGGACCCCGUUCCUCCACCUCAAGAAAUCGCCGAUGAGGACAAAAACUAUGAUGACGUUUAUGGAGGCAUUGUCAACCAACUGAUUCAGCACUCGGACUACCCGCCCCCACCCGAAGUGGCACCCCUGAUGCCAGUGGUCUCUGUGCCACCCAACCCCUACCUCAUGGGUAACUACGAGGGCCAGCAGUCCUUGGAGCAAAUCCAGCAGGCAAUGGGUGCCACUGACGAGGAGAUGGCGAUGCUGGAAAACCUCGGCGGUGGCACCUCCUUGGUCGCCUUUGUUUAUGACAACUCGAGCUCGUACGAAGCAGCUGCCCAGCAGCCGGGAUGUUCCGCCACUCUGGUCAACUUGGCCAACGCCACGGGGCCAAUUGAGCCUUUGGAGAACGCAGAAAUCAUGGACUUGGAUAACCAGAUUAGUGAACAAGAGCAGAGCACCGCCGAAGAAGUGGCCAGAGAGGAAGUCUUCCUGCCUCCUGUAGUGGCAAAUAUCAAAUAUGCGGCAAAGUCUAGUGUGCCACUAGAAACGGCCGCCGAGAUCUCGGAAGACCUCGGUUCGACUUCCAGCUCGUCGAAACUGCUCUCCAUGUAUGAGCAGAAGGAAAUGGUCUGCCCCAUGUGCAGCAAACACUUUUUGGGUCUGCAGGCACUCGAAGCUCACAUUUCGUGGGCGCACAAGGUCAAGGACACAAAGAUGAACAUCCAGACUGAUGUCAAUAAUGCUGCCAAAUCGAGUGACCAAAUUGCGAGGGAACGCGACUGUCUGUUAGUGGGUCUGGCAGCGGCCAACAUGCUGCACCACGCUGGAGGCAUGAGGAGUGGCGUCCUCCGAGCGGCGGCCGGCGCCGUGGCCGACGAGUGCGCCCAGAAGAAACGCAAAAUUGCGUGCUUUGUCUGCAAAGAGCUGUACACAGACAUGGUGGCGCUCAACGCGCACAUACGAAAGCAACACGUCAAGAGCAAGGUUGAGAUCAACACCAACGCUACCGGCAACGGUCUCAAGGCCAAAAUGACCUCUGCCCUUGGUGGGCUGCUCGACAGGGCGUUGUCCAGCAUGCUCGGAAAAGUGCCACUGCCCCCAGUCGAAAAGUCAAUGAGUUUCUACCGACCGAAGUCAUAUUUAUUUGAUGGCAGUUCAAAAGAGGACGCAGAUGACAGGGCUUCGCGCACCCCGCUCAUCAAUCUGGAUACCCCUCUCACCCUGACCGCUAUAGCCAAGCAGGCCAUCAAGCCCGUCUCCAUUUCAGAACAAUCAAUGGAAGAAAGUGGCAACGAAGAGUCGCUGGAAUCUGUGAUAAACAAGAGAAGAAAGUCAGCCUUGAAAGAACUUGCUCCAAAGCCGGAAGAGGUUGAAAAGCCGCCUCUGUUCCCUGAGUACACUUUCACUCCGAGUUCCUUUGACCCUAUUUUGCCAGAACCACAAGGCCCGGAUAUGCAGUGUCCCAUUUGCUUGGGAGCCGUCAAGCAUUUCCAUUCGCUUUGCAGACACCUCAAAACACAGCACACGGAAUGGGCAAUGAACACAUUCAACACAGAUCUAUUUCACUACCUGAUCCUGAAGCGAGAUAACCCUCCCAUCACCAUCAACAAAAAGUACACCAUUUACAUCCCAGGUAAGAACAUUCAAUCCCCAGUUGACCCACCAGACAGUCAGCAAUGGAACUUAGUCAACAGCAAAGUGAGCCCUCAAGAGCCAGUGCAGGAGGACCCGCAGCUCACACAGCGCGAAGGAUCUCCGAGCAAAGACGAAGACGACGACAUAAGAAUCAAAGCGUACGCAGCUUUGCAGCAAUUGUGCAACAAAAAGUCGCUUAGGGGCUCCAAACGCCGACCCCUGAAUCUGAACGACCUGGCCCAAGCAGAAAAGGACUCGGGACCUUCGUGAUUUUGGCAUUUUUUUUCACUUGGCUUUUUUUUUAAUUAUUUUCAAGCAGAGUGCUACACUUAAAAUAUUUGUUUGCUCUUCUGUGAAAACCAACCCUGUAUUAAUUCCAUGGUAAUGUUUUAGUUAUCCGACCCAGCAGACGUUCUGGGUCCAUUUGUAAAUAGUAGUGUAAAAUUUAUAUAUAAAUAUAAAUGUUAGUGAAAUGGGACAGUCAAUAUUAUACGCCCACACAAUUGAAGAAAACCACUUUGUGCCUCUCAACCAGAAUUAGAUAACUGCAACUCUAUAUUAUAUUUUACCAACCAAAAAUUAGGGUGGAAGACAUUUAAUAAUUUUGAUUUUUUUUUGUAACUGCAGACUCCAUAAUAAAUUAAUUAACCUCUCAUUACUGUAUAGAUCGAUGAUUAAAAGUAAUAUGGUUUUUGUUGUGUGACCAGCAGUUUAAUGUGUACAGCACAUCGUUGUUAAAUGUGUUUGGAUACAUCUUUGAUUUUGACGAUAAUUAUUCCAGGAAACACUUGCAAAAAAGAGAAUGUUGAUCAAAGACUGUUUAAAAUAAAUCAAUGAUUUAUGAUCUUACCAUAAAUAAGUUUUAUGUUUCAAUCUUUUA